AUGUCGGACGGUAUAUCUUCCAGAUUCAGAGCUUGGUUCCAGAAUGGAGGAGGCCGUAUUCACCAGGACAUUGAGUUCAAGCCCGUUGACUCUGGCCUCGCUGUCGUGUCCCUCAAACCCCUUCCGAAGGAUCUGAAUGUCAUAACAUGCCCUCUGUCCCUCGUUGUUACCCCGGAACUAUCUCGAGAUGCUUUGUCGUCUCUGGGGUUGAACUGCGUGGGACUCACAGAGAAGCAACUAAUUUGCACGUACCUCAGUAUGCAUUGGGUACUUGAUAAAACAAGCCAAGAAAACUCAAGUAGCAGUAUCCUACCCCAUUUCCGUCACGGACCAUAUCUGUCUAUGAUGCCAGACCAGAGCAAGUUGCGAACUUCGCUUCACUUCAAUCCGCAAGAGUUGGAUGCUUUGAAGGGCAGCAAUCUCUACGCGGCAACACUCGAUCGCUUGUCUGACAUGCAGACCAAUUGGACGACGUGUCGUGCUGCUGUGGUGGCAGCGGACGCGUCAUUGGCGGGAAAUUUUACUUUCGACUUGUAUUUGACGGCAUCAACAUAUCUAGCUUCUCGAGCAUUCCCUUCUUCGAUAUUGUCACCGAAUCCCACACUUGUUGCCUCUCCUUCCUCCUACCCCGUCCUUCUCCCAGGAAUCGACACUCUGAACCAUGCACGCGGGCAGCCAGUCACUUGGCUUGUCUCAUACCCAGAUCAGAUUGAGGCCGCCUCGGUACGCGACCCAUCUGUUUCCCUCGUUCUUCACGCAUCAACGCAAACUGGCGAAGAGCUAUUCAACAACUACGGUCCUAAGCCAAAUUCCGAGCUCAUCCUCGCGUACGGUUUCACUCUCCCAGACAACCCCGACGACACAAUAGUGCUUCGGAUCGGGGGGCAAGGCGGUACUGGCAAGAAAUGGGAAAUAGGUCGCGACGCGCAGGGUUUCGACGCCGUUUGGGAAGAGGUUUACACGAUCUUCUCCAGCCAGGCAAAUGAUGAGGAAGUAGAACCUUUCGCAAAUGAACUGGACACGGCAAACAUGUUGAUCGAUAUGCUGGGUACCCUUCUCGAAAGACUACCCGAUGACAAUAACUUCGCCAUUGAAAUACGACACGAUGUUCAAACAAUGAUCAGCCACUAUAUUGAAGGACAGCAAGGUAUUCUCGAAGCAGCUCUACAGUACUGCGAAAAGAAGAGAGAGGAUGCUCUGAAAGUCGCCAAUGAGCUAGGGUUCGAUUUGUCGUUCGACGACGACAUUUAA